AUGGAGGAUCUCCGGUCACUGGAUCUGACAAAAGCCCGAUGCGACGGAGUCAAACACCUGCUAAUUCCGUUUGUGCCAGUGGCAGAACCCACGCCGCCGUACGUGUCUGCACUCGCCUCUGACACACUGUUCCAGAUAGUCGCCAUCAGAGACGUGUCGCGGUCCGCGAUCUCGUACAUCGAGAGCCUAGUCGAGCUGAUCGACGCGAACGAGGGCUUCUACGACCGCCAGACCAAGUCGCGCCCGCGCAAACAAAAGGUCAUCCGGUCCGCAAACGUCGACGGCGACGCGCAAGAACACUGGCCCACGCAGGCAGCUUCCCCCACGUACCGGCUCACGCUCCAGGACGCGCACGGGAAUUUCUGCUACGCACAUGAGAUUGAGCCUCUGCCGUUUUUACGGAGUAGCCCGGAUCUGUACCCGGUCAGACUCGGCUCAAAAUUGCUGGUGCAAAAAGACACCACAGUGAUGCGGCGAACUACCCCACAUGAACCAAGACUUAUACCGUCGUGA